CCACCACCACCGCCGCCCUGUCCGGGUGCACCGCCUCCGCCACCGUGUGGCGCCAGCAAUGGCUCCUGUGCCACCCAAGGUGGAGCUGCCAGAGAAGAACGUUCCACUGCCCACGAAUCCAUUAAAGAGCUUCAACUGGUCCAAGCUGCCGGAUGCCAAGCUCCAGGGCACCGUCUGGAGCAAGCUGGACGAGAGCAAGCUGUAUAACAUCAUGGAGUCGGAGUCGAUAGACAAGCUGUUUUCGGCUUACCAAAAGAAUGAGUGAGUGUCGGCUACCGAUGGCUUCUAUAAGGUUCUGCGUGCAACUGACGGCAAGCCAGCAAAGCAGAAGGUGCACU